AUGACAGACAAAGUAACCAGUUGUUUACUAAUUAUAAUUGUCGACACCAAUCCUUUUUGGUGGAGCAGAAAACGAAGAGUCAAUGACCAGUUAAGUUUGACGCACUGCAUGGAUAGUGUGGUGGUGCUGGGCAACUCACACCUGAUGCUUGCUCACAGAAAUAAACUGGCCAUUGUUGCUGCUCAUACUGACCAAAGUGUAUUCUUGUAUCCGAGACCUCCAACAGAAAAAGUCAACAUGACCAAGUUGCCAGAUGAUGGUCAGUACAAUGACUUCAGACAAGUUGAAGGACAGGUCAAAUUCCAGAUGUCUCAAUUAAUAGCUAAAGACAAAGAGAAAUUGGAGGAUUUGUUUGAAAUGGAGGAGCAGCCACCCCCAAGUGACUCCCUGGUUGCCGGUGCUAUGUGUAUGGCCCUGUGUUAUGCUCACAGAAUGGAAAAAGACUGUCCCAUUGGAGAAAACCUGUCAGUUCGCAUCCUGGUUGUCAAAGGAUCUGAGGACUGCCCGUCCCAGUACAUGAACUUCAUGAAUGCUGUUUUUACUGCCCAGAAACAGAACAUUGUCAUUGAUGCCUGCAUCCUGGAUACAGAGUCUGGAUUGCUGCAGCAGGCAUGUGAUAUCACAGGAGGGCUCUACCUGAAAAUUCCCCAGCCCCAAGGUCUGCUGGAGUACCUCAUGUGGGUGUUUCUGCCCGACCCAGUUGCCAGAUCCAAGAUGGCGCUACCCCCACGAGCUCAGGUCGACUACAGGGCCGCCUGCUUCUGCCACAGACAUCUGGUUGAUAUUGGUUAUGUCUGUUCUGUCUGUCUGUCAAUUUACUGCACUUUCAGCCCAAUCUGCUCCACUUGCCAGACAACCUUCAAGAUUCUGGGGCCACAGAAAGUCAGCAAAAAGAAAAAGAAAGUUUAA